AAAAAAUCCAAGUUAAAUGAUGGACCAUUGUUACAUGGCAACAUUUGUGUGGAUACUUAUAGCGGUCCAUGACAACACCAAGAUUAAUAUUUAAUAACUAAUAUAGUAAUGAAAUGAAAUAUAUGAUUUGGACAGAGAGAGAAAGAGAGUGAGUGUAAGAGAGAGAGAAAGUGCGGAGGGACGCCGCUGUUUCCAUCCCAUUCCCCACUUAUUUUUCCCUCGCCAUCACUUCACAACUUGACACACCUCAGUCAAAGCCGCCACCGCACACUCACCACUCACCUUUUUUCCUCCCUCUUCUCAGGGCCCCCAACAAAACGACAGUGUUUCAAAACCCUAACCUCUCAUUUAUUUUCUAACACACUCCAACAACUCCAUUCUCACCCUCUCAACAAAGCUCCUUCAUACAAGAUCGAGCAUUAAAGAGAUGAAGCAUUAUUUGGCGGCUAACUAUUGAAUAACUUAAAGCAUUAUUGAUAUUUAUUUUUCUUGAUUUCAUUUUCCAAUUUAGUAAAUUUGCUGAAAUAACUUAUUGUUAAUAAUCAUGACAAGCGCUAUGAACCUAUGCGGUCAUUAUAACGGCACAUUCGCUGCGGCUUCUGUGAAAGCAUCUCAUUGCCAAUCUCACUUGUUGCCGUGUCGAAUCGGAUUCGCGGCGUCUGUUGCUGCGGCGGUUCCAAUUUCGUCCUGUGGCGCAAGGGGAGGUUCUCGCAAUAGGGCUGCAUUUACUGUGAGCUGUUGCAAGGCAGCAACAGGGAGAGAUGUUUUGGUUGAGGAGAACGACGUCGUUUCCGAAACGGAGAGGAGUUACACUUGUGUCAUGAAGUUUGGGGGCUCCUCGGUUGCCAGUGCUGAGAGGAUGAGAGAAGUUGCCAACCUCAUAAUUAGUUUUCCAGAGGAGAGGCCUGUGAUUGUUCUAUCUGCAAUGGGAAAGACAACUAACUUGCUCUUAUUGGCUGGAGAAAAAGCUGUAAGUUGCGGUGUUUCUAAUGUUGAUAACAUUGAGGAGCUUAGCACUAUAAAAGAUCUGCAUCUCAGGACUGUGGAUGAGCUCGGAGUAGACAGAAAUGUUAUUGCAAAGCAUCUUGAAGAAUUGGAACAACUUUUGAAGGGAGUGGCUAUGAUGAAAGAGUUAACUCGCCGGACUCAAGACUAUUUAGUUUCAUUUGGAGAGUGCAUGUCCACUAGGAUCUUUGCUGCAUAUCUUAAUAAAUUGGGUGUUAAGGCCCGCCAAUAUGAUGCCUUUGAGAUGGGAAUUAUAACAACUGAUGACUUCACAAAUGCGGACAUUUUGGAAGCAACUUACCCUGCUGUUGCAAAGAGGUUACACGGUGAUUGGGUCUCAGAUCCCGCGAUUCCAAUUGUUACGGGCUUCCUUGGAAAGGCCCGGAAAUCAUGUGCAGUUACAACAUUGGGUAGAGGGGGUAGUGACUUGACAGCUACAACAAUUGGGAGAGCACUUGGGUUGCCAGAAAUUCAGGUAUGGAAAGAUGUUGAUGGCGUUCUAACCUCGGAUCCAAAUAUAUGCCCACAAGCUGAACCGGUUCCAUGUUUGACAUUUGACGAGGCUGCUGAACUUGCAUAUUUUGGUGCUCAGGUCUUACAUCCACAGUCUAUGAGACCUGCUAGAGAAGGUGAUAUUCCAGUAAGGGUUAAAAAUUCUUACAACCCCAAAGCUCCAGGUACUCUCAUCACUAAAGCAAGAGAUAUGAGCAAGGCAGUCUUAACUAGCAUUGUUUUGAAACGUAAUGUGACCAUGUUGGAUAUUGUUAGCACUCGCAUGCUUGGUCAGUAUGGGUUCCUUGCCAAGGUGUUUUCAACCUUUGAAGACCUGGGCAUAUCUGUUGAUGUUGUAGCUACAAGUGAAGUCAGUAUUUCUUUGACGUUGGACCCAUCAAAGCUUUGGAGCAGAGAACUAAUUCAACAGUCCCUUAAGCAGGAACUAGACUAUGUUGUUGAAGAGCUGGAAAAAAUUGCUGUGGUGAAUCUCCUACAAAAUAGAUCCAUAAUCUCUCUCAUUGGAAAUGUUCAGAAAUCAUCACUAAUAUUGGAGAAGGCCUUCCGUGUUCUUCGAACCCUUGGCGUCAAUGUUCAAAUGAUCUCUCAGGGUGCAUCUAAGGUGAAUAUCUCGUUAAUAGUAAAUGACAGUGAAGCAGAACAGUGUGUAAGGGCUCUCCACAAAACCUUCUUUGAUAGUGAGCCCUCCCAGUUAGAAAAUGAAUGCAUACAAGGGAAUGGCUCUCAUCCUGCAAUAUCAUAGGGGAAUAGCAUACUUAAACCAGCAGCAUAUACGGGAAUGGUUCUGUUCCUGUAUAAUAUAUGGGAUUACUCCCAAAUUUUGUUUGGAUGAAUUGGGCACGUUUGGUUUAGGAUUUUUGGCGACUAUUUUUUAGAAGCAGAAGAUAAAGCAAGAGGAGCGUUAAGUUAUUUUGUACUUUGAUAUUAUUGUAUUGUAUGAAUACUUCUUAUUAAAUUUUGAACGUUAAAUUGUUUGGUUGUAAUAAAUAGGUUUAAUUACUCGGU